UGAGGUUCCUGUGGCUUCCUUGGAUUUACCGUGACGCGCAGUCUUGUUUAACGUGUGAGAUCCAUCUGAGACCGUGAACUACCGAGGUGUCCGCUCAAAGCUGUCCGAAAAGAGCCGUCGGUUGAGAGACGAGGCACAAUGGAUGAAGAGGAGCAGUUUGUGAAUAUCGAUCUGAAUGACGACAAUAUCUGCAGCGUCUGCAAAUUAGAGACUGAAACGGGGACCCUGUCCUUCUGCCAUGUCUGCUUUGAACUCAGCAUCGAGGGCGUCUCCUCAGCCUCCUUGUUGCACUCAAAGUCGCUGCGUGGCCACAGAGACUGCUUUGAGAAAUGCCACCUCAUUGCCAAUCAAAAGCUGUCCCAUUCCAAGGUCUCCAGAAGUGCCUAUGAGGGUAUGAAGCUGGCCCUCAGCCAGAAGCUGAACCGCAUCAUCCAGUUUGCCCAGAACAAAGACACGCUCUCCUCCAGCGGCUGCACCAGACGGGGAGCAAAGCUCCUUUGUUACAGCCAGCAGGGCGAGCGCAAGCUGCUGCCCCAGUCUGAUGCCCAGGUGCCCCGCUACGCCCCCUGCUGGGACAGGGCCAGGGCAACGGGGCUGCCGGCGUACGCAGCGGGGAUGCUGGAGAGUCAAAUGACCGAGGAGGUGGAGCUGCUGCGCGAGUCGCAGGCCGACAGUUGGAGCAGGGACGGACGGAAGGAUCUGCACAGCUGGAAGCAGGCAUCAGGACAGAAGCGGCACAGAAACCAGGGGCACAGCAGAGACGAAUUGACUAAAAUGAGUGUGGAUGAGCUCCAUCAGCUGAACAGCCAACUGCUGAAGCAGAUUGAAAAGGUCUUUGAGGAGCUGACAGCCGCCGUGCAGGAGAAGGACGCCUUGGCGUCAGAGCUGCACGUCCGCCACGUCGCCAUCGAGCAGCUCUUUAAAAACUGCACCAAACUGCCCUGGCUGCACAUCAGCAGGGCCGGCGUGAAGGCCAGCACCAGCGGAGCCGCCGUGGAAUGAAGGGCUGGAAGACGGCAGCAGCCCCAAAGGUGGACUCUCUGAAGAUGAUGAUGAUAAUGAUGAUGAUGAUGAUGAUGAUGAUGAUGAAGUGGACUGCCUCAGCAUUGAGGAAGCGUCUGGAUUCCACUAGACUUUUACACUAUGCCGCCAUUGGGCCACUGGCUCUGCAUCCGCACAAGUUAUCAAGGGCUCGGUUGUUUUGCGGGCGCAGAAACGAUGCUAGGGUUUUCAGUGCUUGGUUUGUUGCGGUUUGAAUUGCAACCUGCUGAUUACCCAGGAUGCAUAUUGAGAACAGCGAGUUCCAGCGUAGAACUGGAAGGGAACAUCUGCGUUUUAACGUGCCGCACAUUCUUAAGGAAAAACGUUUUUUGUUUGAAUUGACUUUUAAUAUUUGCUGGUGAUUUUCUUUUCCUGUGAGUUUUAUUUUGUACGCUGUUCGAUAAUUAAUCAAUUUCAUUGUGCGAUUUUACCUUCGUUCUCUCGAACAAAGUAGCUACGGACAUUCAGUUUUUUAGUAUUUCUUCAAUUCGUUUUCAGUUAAGAUAUGAGAAUCAGUAUUUUGAUCUUUAGAAAAUGAAAGUAUUCUAUUCAGUCAAGCUUCCUAGCUGCACAAUAAUUACCUAAAACAGGUAAUGAAAUGGGAUGUGAGAUUGUCCUGAAACUGCUCUGUUAGGAUAUGAAAACUGACUGACAUCAGCAAACCACUGCUUGUCCAUUCAUAUUUCUUUAUAGUUAAGUACUAUCAUAAAUUAUGGAGAAAAAAUGGUCAUAAAAUAAUCUAAUAAUUAUUUUCUGAAAGCUUUAUUUUCUACCAUAUGUCCAUUUAUCGUCACUCUGGUCCUUGUUUGGGUCAGAUGAUUAUGGUCCUAGAUCUAAGCAGAAGUAAUUUAAAAAUGACUUAUAGUCAACCUUGAGGAAAUUAGUUAUUAUGAGUAACUUUACACCUAAAAGUACUCCAAAAGAUUCAAAAAAGCAUCACAUUUCCAGUGAUUCAGUGUUUGGGAACGACGUACAUACUAGACUUCUGUUAAUUUGGUUUCUAAUUAUGUUUAAUCAUGACUUUUUACACUCUGUUGCCUAAGGAGACGUGUUAUAUGAAACUUUCCCUCGGUCUGUGUCCAUUCUGUUACUUCUGGUAUACUUGGUUUCCCAUUACAUAUAAAGCAGUGUGAUGUCUAUCGUGUAGCUAUCAAGCACAAAGCACCAUGGAUGGUUAUACACUUAUUCAAAAAACCUGGAGCUUCUGAAAAGCAAAUCCAGUUGCAAUACCAAAGUCUGUUCUGCAUUUUAUUUCUAAAAAAAAAUAGAAGAAAUAAAACACCAUAUGAUGAUGAUGCAACACCAAACCAAUUUGAUAACCCAUGUGACUUAUCCUUACUUGUUUUCAUGUGUUCACGGUGUACUUUAUUGAUUCGUUCUCAAGUUUCUUUCUUUCUCUCCUGUUUAAAUGUGUCGGAGCAAAGUGUCCACAUAGCAAUACAAACAGGGCGGUUUGGUCUUCAGUGCCUAUGGAUGUCCCUAACAUUUAAACAAAGGAAGACAAAGGUAUAUGAAUCCUAUGCAAGCUACAGACUAAAAUACAUACGGCCUUAUCAAGAGAGUAUUGGUUUGACUUUUCUUCAGAGGGCGAGGUCUCCGAUUUUAAGUUUCUAAGCUUGAUGUGUAGAAAAACUAAGCAUUAUGUGUAUUUUGCUCUCUUUGUAAGAGAUUAGAUGUUUUUGACCCUUUUUAGGGUCUAAAGAAAAGGUUUUGGCUCAGUUUUAAGCUUUUUUUUUCAUGGGUUUUACUUUAGACGGUUUUUUGCUGUCUUCUUGAGUGCAUUUUUGUUUGUUUUUUGUUUUUUUAGCCUUUUAAAAAAUUUUUUGUACAUUUGUUUAUGAGUUGCUUUGGUGUGCUGUUAGAACAUGUCUGGGCCUUUCUCCCUACUCUGUGGGAGAACCAGUCUCACCUUACUGUGGUUCCAUUAUCUCCAACUGAACAUGGAGGUAUAUAUGUUACACUUCUACAUUAGUUGUAGCCUGACUGUUCAUUUCCUUACAUUUUUUGAGUUUGUUUUUGUUCAUGGCUGAAUCUGUCUUUGAUGUAUUUGCAUUAUAUUUAUUGUGUGUGGAAAUAAUUUGUCUUUUGAAUUGUGCUUAAAUGAGUUGUUUUUCCAAUAAAAAUAAAAUUGCAGGUAUUUUUACA